UCUAGUCUCUCUCCACAAUGAAAGGCGAAAAACAACGCCAGCUAAUGGCAAAUCCUCCUCCUAGGUUAAUCAACCUUAAACUAUACCUACAAACCAUAAUUCUAUAUUUCUUCUUAUUUGGAUCUGGUAUAUCAAUCGGUAUUUCAUUAACUUUCUACAUCAAACAAUUCCCAUUUCUUUUUUUUCUUCCCAAACAAUUCAUCUUUAACCAAAACCUUCUCUCUCCUCCUCCUCACCAACCGCCGCCGCCACCACCGCCGCCGACCACCACCACCAUCGUCCUUUGCAACAAUGAAGAAACCAAAAAAGUUAAAUACCCAAAUCAAUCUCUUCUCGCAAAGUCUCUAUUAUCACCUCCUACAUUACAAAUCCACCAAGAAAAGGAUAUUCAUACAAGAAAAGGGUUAAGGGAUUAUUUAGAAAUGGAAAAUACAAUGCAUGAUAUGGAAGACAAUGAGUUGUUAUGGAGGGCUUCUAUGGUUCCGAAAAUUCGGAAGUUUCCUUUCCAGAAUGUUCCAAAGGUUGCGUUUAUGUUUCUAACCAAAGGUUCUAUGCCGUUGGCGCCUCUUUGGGAAAGAUUUUUUCGAGGAAAUCAAGGGUUGUAUUCCAUUUAUGUUCAUUCUUUGCCUUCUUUCAAUGGAAAUGUAUCCGAGGUUUCUGUUUUUCAAGGAAGGAGAAUACCAAGCAAGGAGGCGGAGUGGGGGAAGGCUAAUAUGAUUGAGGCGGAGCGUCGCCUCCUAGCCAAUGCAUUGCUCGACUUUAGGAACGAGCGUUUUGUCCUCUUAUCGGAAUCAUGCAUACCUCUCCAUAAUUUCACAUCCAUUUACAACUACCUCAUUAAUACCAACCAAACCUUUGUGGAAUCCUAUGACCAACCUGGGCCAGUUGGACGUGGUAGGUACAACAAGAAGAUGAGUUCGACGAUCAAACUUGAUCAAUGGAAAAAAGGAUCCCAAUGGUUUAGCUUAAACCGAAACUUAGCCAUCGAGGUGGUUUCUGAUCAGAAGUAUUUCCCGAUCUUCCAAAAGUAUUGUCACCCUCCAUGUUACUCGGAUGAGCAUUACUUGCCAACUUUCGUGGGUAUAAAGUUCUCAAAGAAGAACUACAAUCGAACAUUGACUUGGGUAGAUUGGGCUAGAGGUGGACCUCAUCCGACUAGGUUUUAUAGGACGGAGGUUACGCCAGAUUUGUUGGUAGGGAUGAGGAAUGGUGGGGUUUGUGAGUACAAUGGGAAAACCACUAGAAUGUGUUAUUUGUUUGGUAGGAAGUUCUUGCCUAAUACCUUGGAAAGACUACUUAAGUUUGCUCCCAAGGCAAUGCAAUUCUAGUGUUAAUGAUUU